GUAAUGUACACGUGGCAGAUCUCAAGUGGAGGGAAACGAUUCGUUUAACCCAAAACAUCUCAAACAAUUCCUCUUUUCUUAGCCUUACGAACAUAUUACUACCAACAAAACAAUCAAGAACCACUCUUUCGUGUCGCAAUAACAAUAAGAAAGAAAGAAAAAGAAAACCAGAGAUGGCGAUGACGACAGCAUCUACGGUAUUUGUUCUACCGGCCAAUGUCACCUCGGUCGCCGGCGCUUCGUCGUCCAGGAGCUCCGUGUCUUUCUUGCCGAUGAGAAACGCCGGUUCUAGGCUCGUAGUCAGGGCAGCCGAAGAUCCUGCUCCGGCUUCCUCUUCUUCAAAAGAUUCUCCGGCAGCUGCCGCUGCUCCGGAUGGAGCUACUGCCACCAAACCCAAGCCACCACCGAUUGGUCCUAAGAGAGGGUCUAAGGUCAAGAUUCUAAGGAGAGAAUCCUAUUGGUUCAAGAACGUUGGAUCAGUUGUUGCCGUUGAUCAGGACCCUAAGACUCGAUACCCGGUUGUGGUCCGGUUCGCAAAAGUCAAUUACGCCAACAUAUCGACCAACAACUAUGCAUUGGAUGAGGUCGAAGAAGUUGCAGCUUAAAUGGGAGAAUUCAAAAACUCUGUGUAUUCUAUACCGGUUUAUCCGUUUGUAACUUGACCCAAACCGUAUGUACCGCAAAAGUUUACCAAUUAUUUCUCCUCAUCUGAAUCUCGAGCCGGUUUUCUUAUUCUUUCACAGAAUGUGUUUGGAAAAUUCAGUUAAAAGUCUCUUUCUACUCAUGGUUAGCUCUCUU